UUGCCCAUUGCCCAGUCUCAUCUCAUCUCAUCUCAUCUCAUCCUUGUGUUGUUGUAUCAGACGAGAUGCAUCCUUUUCUUGUACCACUUCCCAGCUCUGACCACUGUCUCCCGUCCCAUCCCCGCCCUACCAGUAAUUUACCAGACCAAACCUCUGCAUUCCUCCACAAUUAAGCACCACAGUGGGCUCGCGUCCGAGUGGGGGUGCCGCCACUUUAACUGAACACACCACCUUCCUGCCUGCCCUCCCCUCCUUCCUCCUCACUUCGCCUCUCCCCCUUCCUCCCCCCUUUCGAGUCGGUGCGCGCAGGCGGCGCUAGGUCUUGGACGCGGGGAGCCAUGGCCUGACUUACGGGGUUCCUUCUUCAGAUCUUCUUAGCGAGUGGUGUGGGGCUGAUCGGAGACGCAAGGAGGGGUGUGCUUGAGGUGAGAGAUAGAUAAAGGAGCAAACGAAGUGCAGCGAGAGGAAGAAGACAGGGAGAGAUUGUUCAGAGAUGAAGAGCGGCAGCGGCGUCCAAGAAGCGUGUGAGGAUCAGGUGUCCGAGAUCAGCAGCCAGGCGGCGUCCAACAACAACGAGGCGUCCAACACCUCCUCCCGCCCCAAGCUCGCCCUCGACCUGUCGCUCACCGUCACCGCGACCGCCGCCGCCACGACGACCGCCGAGUCGAGCACCACCGACAGCAACGGCGGCGCGCAGGCCGCGCGCGAGCCGACGCGGGUGUUCACCUGCAACUACUGCCAGAGGAAGUUCUUCAGCUCGCAGGCGCUGGGCGGGCACCAGAACGCGCACCGGCGGGAGCGCACGCUGGCCCGGCGCGCGGUGCACCGGCUGGAGGCCUACCCCUACGGCUACGCCGACGUGGCCUCCCUCCCGCUCUACGGCUCCCCCGGGCUGUACCCCAUCGGCAUCCAGGCGCACGCGUCGGCGCUCCAGGGCGCGGCGGCGCAGGCGGAGCGGCAGCAGCACCAGCACCAGCAGCAGGACGCCGCCGUCCUCGCGGCCACGCCGGCGCGCGCGCGGGCGCUGCUGGGCCCGAUGCCGUUCCUCGUGGGCGGCGACGAGGAGGUCAGCUUCGGGUGGCCCGGCAGCUUCAGGCCGCCGCCGCCGGGCGCCGGCGUGCUCCCCCUCCUCCACUCCGGCCCCAACUUCGGCAGCAGCAGCGGCAGCGGCAGCGUCGUGGUGCAGGCCGACGAGGAGCCCGACCUCACGCUUAGACUCUAGCCGCCGCCCGUACGCCGUCGAUCGCUACGCCAUUACGUACUGCUAGGUUGGUGCAACUCGUCAGGCUCCCGACGUCGAUCAACGGACCAUGAUGGUAGACGACGACCCGUAUUUGUUUCAUGCGCGCGUGCGUACGUAGGUACGCUCGUGGAAGUAUUUCUGUACAGUUUUGGUGCUCUUCUGUGGUAUUGGUAGUAGCGUGUACCCUACCUACAACUUCCCGCGGUAUAAAGAUUCAUGUGAUCAAUCAAAAUCAUGUUGCUGUGUC